AUGAGGUUGAUGAUGGCUGAUAGGUCAGUAAAGAGACCAGUGGGAGUCCUAUGUGAUGUACUGGUAAAGGUGGACACCUUCAUCUUUCUAGCUGAUUUCGUUAUCUUGGAUUGCGAAGUGGACUUUGAGGUUCCCAUCAUCUUGGGGAGACCAUUCUUGGCUACAAGAAGAGCCUUGGUUGAUGUUGAGAGAGGAGAGCUGAAGUUCAGACUCAACAAGGAUGAGGUAAAGUUCAAUAUUUUCAGGUCAAUGAAGCAACCCAAUGAUAUGAAUGUGGUAUCUGCCAUAGAAGUGGUUGCUGAUGAAGACAUGAGGGUACCCAUAGAAGAGAGGAUGGUUGUUGAAACCUUAGCAGCAAUGCUGAUGAACUUUGAUGCUGAUUUCUGGUCUGACUACAUAGAGACCGUUAAUGCCUUGCAGGGUAUGGGAGCACACUCGUAUGCUCCAAAGAAAUUGGGCCUGGACUUGAAAAACAGGCCAAGUCCUCCAGCAAAACCAUCCAUCCAAGAGCGUGCACCGGUGCUGGAACUGAAACAAUUACCCAAUCACCACAUGUAUGUAUUUUUGGGUACUAACAACACUUUACCUGUGAUCUUGGCUGCAGAUGUAAAUGAAGAGCAGGUGCAGGAAGUGAUCAAGGUGUUGAGAAGGUACAAAAGAGCCAUUGGGUGGACCAUUGCUGAUAUAAUUGGAAUACCUCCAGGUAUAUGCACCAACAAGAUUCAGCUUGAGGAGGACUGCAGCCUAAGCAUUGAACACCAGCGGAGGCUAAACCCACCUAUGCAAGAGGUGGUUAAGAAAGAAAUAAUAAAGUGGUUAGAUGUUGGGGUGGUCUAUCCCAUUUCUGACAAUCACUGGGUCAGUCCAGUGCAAUGUGUACCUAAAAAAGGCGGUAUGACUAUGGUGGCAAAUGCCAAAAAUGAGUUAAUCCCGCAGAGACCAGUCACUGGAUGGCGAGUGUGUAUGGACUACAAGAAGCUGAACAAGCUGACUUUGAGGGAUCAUUUGCCCAUGCCUUUCAUGGACCAGAUGUUUGAUAGGUUGGCAGGUAAAUGGUGGUACUGUUUCUUAUAUGGAUAUUCUGGCUACAACCAGAUAUCAAUUGCUCCUGAAGAUCAAGAAAAGACCACAUUCACAUGUCCUUAUGGAACUUUUGCGUUUAAGUGCAUGCCGUUUGGACUAUGUAAUGCACCAGCAACAUUCCAAAGGUGUAUGAUGUCCAUCUUCUCAGACAUGGUUGAGGACACUCUAGAAGUAUUUAUGGAAGAUUUCUCUGUAGUAAGCAAUACUUUUGAUUACUGUUUGUUGAAUUUUAGCAGGGCUUUACAUAUAUGUGAGGAGGCCAACCUAGUGCUGAAUUGGGAGAAGUGUCAUUUCAUGGUAAAGGAAGGCAUAGUCCUGGGACACAAAGUAUCAUAG